AUGAAGAAUACGCCGAGUGUCUUCUUCACAUUUCUUCGGGAAAGCAAUCUUAAGGUCACCAUUCGUGCAGCAUUCAGGAGACCUGUGAGCCUGAAGGUGUCAGAUACUCCUGGUGGCAGAGGAUUGUUCAUGAAAGACAAGCCCUGCUUUCACCUCCACUGGUCAACUUUUUGCGCCGAUAAGACCUUAACACGUUACUCUUUCACUCUAGAGGAGCUGCCAUUGCUUCCCGUAAAAAGUAGUUGCGCACCCUAA